GAGCGCCAGACCCGGCAGAGCUGCGCCGCGCUCGCCCUUCUUCAGCCCUACGCCCGGCAGGGGGGCGAGAGCGUGGGGCCUGCAGACUCCGGGGGCCCUCUUCAGCUGCGCGCCUAGAGCUCUGGACUUGGGGUGGGUGGUUUCAAAGAGUCGCCCUCGCCGCCGUUUGGAGCGACUGAAGCGGGGAGGGGAGCGAGGACAGAGGGCGCGCGGGACGCGGGGAGAGCGAUCAGCCCGCCACGCACCGGGCGCCGCUGGGAACGUGGCCACGCACCGCGCGCGCUCAGCCCUCGGGCAGCUCCAAGCGCGCAGCCCGACGCCGCCACGCCUGGGGCCCGCGAGAACCCCAGAACCCCAUCACUGUGGGCUCGUGACCUCCACUUCGAAGUCGUCGCUGCACCGUGACGCGAAAACCUCGGUGGGCCCGGGUACGAGGUACCCGCAGGGGUCAAGCCUGAUGUGACUUCCCUUUGCUGCUCCUCCCUCCCCGCGCCCCAUCGCUUCCCAAGGACUCAAAGCAGCGGAGGCGACCACGGGGCGAGUGUCUCGCCUUGCUGAGCAAGUUUGGGCGACUGGUGCUGAGCAGCGGCCGGGCUGACCACCUUUGCCACCAAGCUCUGCCGGUGACCCGUAGCGGUGGCCCAAAACACUCAUCUCCUCCAGCGGCGGAAAUGUGGGGAAGUGAGGGGUAGGCAAGGUCGGCAGCUGACUCGUCUUAAAACGGUCAGCGUUGUAGCUGCAAAAUGGGGGCUAAGUGCUUCAGGGACUGAGCGCAGCCUCGGAGGAGCCGGGAGCGGCUCGCACUGCCUGGGCGCUGCGCGGGUGCAGCGGAGUCGGAGGUGCCCGCCUCGCAAGCCGCUGCCGACGCCGCUCAGGCGCGGGGCUGAGCACUCAGCUCGCAGCUCGCUCGGACCCUUCGCCGCCCCGCGCGGCCGCAGCCCCCGCCCGGCUCUCCUCGCAGCGGCCGGCCGGAGGAAAGUUCUCGCGGCCCCGCCUCUGCUCCGCUGCGGUGCAGCGCCAGCUCCGCACAGCCCGCCUCAGUCCGGAGAGGCGCUCGGGCCGCUUCAUCUGCCCCGACCACCUGGUCGGCCCCGCCCCCAUCCCCGCCGCGAAUCGGCCGCCCCCGUCCCCUCGCUCCCCGCCCCCACACCACAGCCCGAGCUCGCUCCUGCGCGCGCGCUCUCCCGGACCCAAGUGAAUAGUCCUCGCGCGGGUGGGACGCGGCGGUGAAUGCGUUUCCCCUCGCCUCCAGCCUCCAGGAGGUCCCCGGCGCCCCAGGCAGCUUCAGCCUCCGAAGCGGCUGCCACCGCACCUGGGCAGCCUGGACCCUCGUGCCCUGCUCCCGGGGCCUCGCGCGUUGGGCGCCCCGGGACACCCCCUGCGGGCCGGGUGGAGGAGGAGGAAGAAGAGGAAGAAGAGGAAGACGUGGACCAGGACCCCCAACCUCCCCACAACACCUGGCCGCUCCGCUUCCACUUCUUUCACCCGAGGAGAGAGGAGCCAGCGAGAGCCAUGGGGGGCUGCGAAGUCCGAGAAUUUCUUUGGCAAUUUGGUUUCUUUUUGCCUCUGAUGACAGCUUGGCCGGGCUACUGUAGUCACGUCUCCAACAACCAAGUUGUGUUGCUGGAUACAACUACUGUGCUGGGCGAACUAGGAUGGAAGACGUAUCCAUUAAAUGGGUGGGAUGCCAUCACUGAAAUGGAUGAACACAACAGGCCCAUUCACACAUACCAGGUAUGCAAUGUCAUGGAACCAAACCAAAACAACUGGCUUCGCACAAACUGGAUCUCUCGUGAUGCAGCUCAGAAAAUAUAUGUGGAAAUGAAGUUUACACUGAGGGAUUGUAAUAGCAUCCCAUGGGUCUUGGGAACUUGCAAAGAAACAUUUAACUUGCAUUAUAUGGAAUCAGAUGAGUCUCAUGGAAUUAAAUUCAAAGCAAGCCAGUAUACAAAGAUUGACACAAUUGCUGCUGAUGAGAGUUUUACCCAAAUGGAUUUGGGUGAUCGCAUCCUCAAACUCAACACUGAAAUUCGUGAAGUGGGGCCUAUAGAAAGAAAAGGAUUUUAUCUUGCUUUUCAAGACAUUGGAGCAUGCAUCGCCCUGGUCUCAGUCCGUGUUUUCUACAAAAAGUGCCCUUUCACUGUUCGAAACUUGGCCGUGUUUCCUGAUACCAUACCAAGGGUUGAUUCUUCCUCUUUGGUUGAAGUAAGGGGAUCUUGUGUGAAGAGUGCCGAAGAGCGUGAUACUCCUAAACUGUACUGUGGAGCUGAUGGGGAUUGGCUGGUGCCACUUGGAAGGUGCAUCUGCAGUACUGGAUAUGAAGAAAUUGAGGGUUCUUGUCAUGCUUGCAGACCAGGAUUCUAUAAAGCAUUUGCUGGAAACACAAAGUGUUCUAAGUGCCCUCCACACAGUUUAACCUACCAGGAAGCCACUUCUGUCUGUCAGUGUGAAAAGGGCUACUUCAGAGCUGAAAAAGACCCACCUUCUAUGGCAUGCACCAGACCACCUUCAGCUCCUAGGAAUGUGAUUUUUAACAUCAAUGAAACAGCUCUCAUUUUGGAAUGGAGCCCACCAAGUGACACAGGAGGGAGAAAAGAUCUUACCUACAGCGUAAUCUGUAAGAAAUGCGGCUUAGACCCAAAGCAGUGUGAGGACUGUGGGGCAGGACUCCGCUUUAUCCCAAGGCACACUGGCCUGAUCAACAGCUCUGUGAUAGUGCUUGACUUCGUGUCUCAUGUGAAUUACACCUUUGAAAUUGAAGCCAUGAAUGGAGUUUCCGAAUUGAGUUUUUCUCCCAAGCCAUUCACAGCUAUUACGGUGACCACGGAUCAAGAUGCACCUUCUCUAAUAGGUGUGGUAAGGAAGGACUGGGCAUCCCAAAAUAGCAUUGCCCUGUCCUGGCAAGCACCCGCUUUUUCCAACGGAGCCAUUCUGGACUACGAGAUCAAGUACUAUGAGAAAGACUACCCACGGAUAGCGCCGGCAUUUUGGCACUACCUGCGGGUAGAAGAGCAUGAGCAGCUCACCUAUUCCUCCACAAGGUCCAAGGCCCCUAGUGUCAUCAUCACGGGUCUCAAGCCAGCCACCACGUACAUAUUUCACAUCCGAGUGAGGACCGCAACAGGAUACAGUGGCUACAGUCAGAAGUUUGAAUUUGAAACAGGAGAUGAAACUUCGGACAUGGCGGCAGAACAAGGGCAGAUUCUGGUGAUUGCCACCGCGGCUGUUGGGGGAUUCACUCUCCUCGUCAUCCUCACUUUGUUCUUCUUAAUCACUGGGAGGUGUCACUGGUAUAUAAAGGCAAAAAUGAAGUCAGAGGAGAAGAGAAGAAACCAGUUACAGAAUGGGCAUUUACGCUUCCCAGGAAUUAAAACUUACAUUGAUCCAGAUACCUAUGAAGACCCAUCUCUAGCUGUCCAUGAGUUUGCCAAAGAGAUUGAUCCUUCAAGAAUUCGCAUUGAAAGAGUCAUUGGGGCAGGUGAAUUUGGAGAAGUUUGUAGUGGGCGUUUGAAGACACCAGGGAAAAGAGAAAUUCCAGUUGCCAUUAAAACUUUGAAAGGUGGCCACAUGGAUCGGCAAAGAAGAGAUUUUCUAAGAGAAGCAAGCAUCAUGGGUCAAUUUGAUCACCCAAACAUAAUUCGCCUAGAAGGUGUGGUCACAAAAAGAUCUUUCCCGGCCAUUGGGGUGGAGACGUUUUGCCCCAGCUUCCUGAGGGCAGGGUUUUUAAGUAGCAUCCAGGCCCCGCAUCCAGUGCCAGGGGGAGGAUCUUUGCCCCCCAGGAUUCCUGCUGGCAGACCAGUAAUGAUUGUGGUGGAAUAUAUGGAGAAUGGAUCCCUAGACUCCUUUUUGCGGAAACAUGAUGGCCACUUCACAGUCAUCCAGUUGGUUGGCAUGCUCCGAGGCAUUGCAUCAGGCAUGAAGUACCUUUCAGAUAUGGGUUAUGUUCAUCGAGACCUAGCAGCUAGGAACAUACUGGUGAACAGCAACUUAGUAUGCAAAGUUUCUGAUUUUGGUCUCUCUCGAGUGCUUGAAGAUGACCCAGAAGCUGCUUAUACUACAACUGGUGGGAAAAUCCCCAUCAGGUGGACAGCCCCAGAGGCCAUAGCCUACAGGAAAUUCUCCUCAGCAAGUGACGCGUGGAGCUACGGCAUCGUCAUGUGGGAGGUCAUGUCCUAUGGAGAGAGGCCUUACUGGGAAAUGUCUAACCAAGACGUCAUUCUGUCCAUUGAAGAAGGUUACAGGCUUCCAGCUCCCAUGGGCUGCCCUGCAUCUCUACACCAACUGAUGCUCCACUGCUGGCAGAAGGAGAGAAAUCACAGACCAAAAUUUACUGACAUUGUCAGCUUCCUUGACAAACUGAUCCGCAACCCCAGCGCCCUUCACACCCUGGUAGAGGAUAUCCUUGUAAUGCCAGAUUCCCCUGGUGAAGUUUCUGAAUAUCCUUUGUUUGUCACAGUUGGUGACUGGUUGGAUUCCAUAAAGAUGGGACAAUAUAAGAAUAAUUUCAUGGCAGCAGGGUUUACAACUUUUGACCUGAUUUCAAGAAUGAGCAUUGAUGACGUUAGGAGAAUUGGAGUCAUACUCAUUGGACACCAGAGACGAAUAGUCAGCAGCAUACAGACUUUACGUUUACAUAUGAUGCACAUACAGGAGAAAGGAUUUCACGUAUGAAAGUACUAUAAACACCUGUGUUUUGUGCCUCAGCAUUUCUAAAAUGAAAGAUAUCCUCUCUACUGCCCUCUCCUCUGACUCUCCAAACAUCGCUUCACAAAGCAGUCUCUUGUUCAGACUAUGGCCGCACACCUUAUGUUUAUGCUUCCAACUUGGAUUUUAAAACCAUGCUACUACACAGGUCCUCUCUGAAUAACCUGCAAAUAAAACCCUGGCCCACUGCAGAUUGUUGCUACACAUGAUAAUAACUCAGCAUGGAUGUGUAACUUUGUACAGAAGUAUUCAGGAGGUGUUCAUGGACCUAAGGAAUUUGUCCAAGUGUGGCAUCCUUAAUGAUGUAUGUAAAGUUUGAUGGUAAAUGAGAUAGAAUUAGUUGGAUUUUCAUGUUGUGUGAUCAAGUAGCUGCCAAACUGACAUGAAUAUUUAUUUUUUAGAUAGUUUUACUCAAGUCUAUCUGUUGUAUGGUUGCUUUAAUACUUUGUCUAUCGGUACCUGGUGUUAGAAUGAUUUACAGAAAUGCAGGAUUUUGUGUAAUUAUUCUUGUCAGGUAUGACUCUGGUGAGAGGAGGGUUAAUGGUGAGGGUGAGAGAGAAAAAAUACUGUGAUUUUAAAUUUUCUAAGACUGGCUUUGUCUAUGUUAAAAUUAACCUUACAUACAUUACAGAGUAGAUGUUACUUUACAGGCUUUUCCUCUCUGUUUCUUGUUUUGUUUUGUUUUACUAUUUUGUUUCUCUACCAUGUUAUGAAACCACUCUUGGAAUGACAAAGUAUGUGACUGUUAAUCCAAAGGCUUUCAUAGAAUGAAGCAUGGAAUAAACCUAUUACUGUUCCCUUCAUCCACUUUCAUAAGCUUACAAAAGUAACUAUCAAAACACUGAGAAAAUUAGUUGAUAUUGUAGAUUUGCUUUGAAUAAAACAUCUUUUAGCCUUAGAUUUAAGGUGAAAUUAUUAAUUAAUUUAAACAGAAUUUUAUGAUACCUAUAUGGUAACCCAAGAAAAUAAACACUUUUGUCUAACUUAUACCAGUAUAUUUUGAAAGUUUAAGAAUUCUUAUGUUUGGAUUGCAAAAAUAAGUUGCAGAAACAUGCUGAGCUCUUUUACAAAGCGCCUAAGAAAUAAGUAUGAAUACUUCAAACAGGAUAUAAACAGAGCUUUCAGUUCAGCAUGUGUGUGCACGUGUGUGUGUUGGUGUAUGUGUGCUUAUGUUAACCAGCUCCAUAUUACAGUGUUGUAAAAAAGUGAACACAGCUAAGGUAUGUUUUUGUCCUAAUCUUUUCAGAGGCUUGUAACAAAAAGGGAACUAUAUUUCUCAGUGAAUUAAGCACAGUCAGCUUGUCAAAAUAGUGCUGUCUUACGAACAAAAUCAUUUAUAAAAUCAGCUGCUUCUUGUGAAAGUACAAAAAACACCAACUGCCAUGCUAGGUGGGAAAAUAAGGAAAAUGUGUUAAGGGAGGCAAAAAUGCAGCGCAAGACGUCUGCAGAUGUUAAACAUUUCUUUUUUAUUUACUCUCAGAGACAAAGGUACCGUAUCCACAAUCUUAAUUCGUAUCUAAAUUACACGUUUUGUUGAAAAUAGUUUUCUUUCUGUUUUUCCCUUAAGAUUUUGUUGACAGCAUUUUACUAGACCCUUCCAUGUAUUUUAUCAUGCAAAUUUAUCUCCUUUUUUCUAGCACCACUUAAUUUUUCUUGUUUCAAAAAAGAUGAAUAGAGCUAGAAAGAAGGUUUUAGAGUAUUCCUUCAGUAUACUAUAAAAGAAAAAAGGGAGACAUCAUUCACUUUUUAAGUAAGUGUGUCAGAAACUGCUAGCAACUUUUUUUUGUAGCCAUCAGCUUGCAUGGUCACACACCACUCGUAGACUAUAUGCAGUUUGCUUGAUAUAUUUACCCAAAUCUGGAUACAUUUAAAGUAAAUAUAAAAUUUUCAUAUUUAUCUGUCUUUAAAUAUAUACUAAAUUAAAACAUGUAAGAGAUUAAAUUUAUUAAUUAUAUAUUUAUUUUUAUAAAACAACAAAAAGUUAUUUAGAAAAUAAGAGAAUAAUAUCGUCUUCCAUAGGACUCUUGUCGGCAACAUCUGUAUACCUUGAUGAAAUAACUUGUAUUAAAGUAUUUAAACUUCUAUGGGGUGGACAUUCAGUGAUUAUAAUAUUCAAGAGCACUUUUAAGAAUAUUUUUCCUGAGUAGAUGUGCUGCUGAUGCUUGUUAAUCAUAGCUAUUCUAUCGACUGAAGCAGGAAGAUCAGAAGUUCAACGCCAGUCUGAGCAACUCUGUCUCAAAAUUUAAAAAUAAAGGUAUGUAGCUCAGUGUUCCCUGAGUUGAAUCCCCAGUAACACACACACACACACACACACACACACACACACAGGUUUUCUGUUUUCUUAAAAACUUCAGUACUUUCCAACUUCUAGUGAAGUUGUAAUUUUUUUUUUUUUUUUUUUUUUGGAUAUCACAAAACUCUCUUUCCUCUCUGCCUCUCCCCCUCCUCAGAAUUUCUUUUAAAUUUCAUUUAUGAUUUAUAAAACUUAAACAUGAUUAUAAAUGUAAUUUCGAAUUUCACCCUGGUCAAAGUACAGUUAAAACGUGUACAAAAUUUAAGAGAAACAAUAUGAGAAUAUUUCUUUAUGCCUACCAAUUAAAGGACCCCAUGAUCCUAUUGGUAUUAAAAUGUAUAGAAACAUUAAAUAAAAUGCCAAAUUAAUUUGUAAAUUUUACAUGAAACAUUUUAAGAUUUACUGAUAUAUAUAAUUAGUAAUUAAAUAUUUUAAUAUGCAUAAGUAUAAAAUUUUAAAUACUCAAAAAAUUAGUAACACCUAUAAAUCACAAGUCAUCACAAUUAAUCUUAGAUAACUAAAAUAUGCAUAUAUAUUUAUAUAUCAGCUUUUUAAGUAUCUUUAUAGGAUCUUAUAGAAAUAAUAUUGAAUGAAUUGUUACAUUUCAUCCAAGUACAUUUUCAAAAGGUAUUUUUAUCUAAUAAAUUUCUGUUCUAAAAAGUAGUCAGGUAAAUUUCCUUAUCUCAAGAUGUUAAUCUGUGUCUUUUACUAUUCCUUUAUUAAAUUUUCUGGAGCUUUCUUUUUCAGCCUCUCUGUUCUUUUUAAUUCACCAGCUUAUCAUUUGUCCCUUUUUCAGUUUUUAUUACUAUGCCCUGUCAACAUAAGAAAGCACAGCAAAUCUAAAAAGAGCUCCUUGAUCAUCUUAUAAGAAGCUAAAGGACAGAGAUGGUCACAAAUAGUAUACUUUUAAUAUGAUGGAUUUAUACAUGAGACCACUUGUAUUCACAGAGGGUGUGGAUUCUGGCUUUGCCUUAACUGAAAAUUACGUAUUUUGUAAAAUAAUUUAACAUUGAUGAUGAUGAUUAUUUUCUAAAGCUUUAGCUAAGCAAGUUUAACAUUAAUUUUAAAUCAGUGUUCUAAGAAACAAUAGUUGUUAUUCCAUCUCACAGUGUCUGCCUUUAUAUAAAAAAGAGAAUUGUGGUAAAUAUAUCACAUCUUCUACUGUUAUUACCUUAACAUUCCAGGGUCACUUCACAAAAUAGAAGAAACUCAUAUUAAUGUUUACUCAAAAAGUAUUUUUUUGCUUUUUAAAUGAAGAUUGUAGAGCACAUAGCUCAGUGGCACAGCACCUCCCUGACAAGUGCAAGGUCCUGAGUUCCAUUCCAGGCACCAAUAAAUAACUAAAUAAAUGAAGACUCUAAAAGGUGGAGAACAGUGGGUAAACUGGUGAUAUUGUUUCAUCAAAAUAGCAUGUACUGAAGUUAAUUAACUUCUCAUUUUUAUGAUCAACAUUUCCAAAAUUUGUUUCAAAAUCUAUAGUGUUCAAUUUAAAUUGUUACCUCAUGUUUAAAAAAACAACAAAAACCUAGAUGAAGAGAGAAUGAAAAUUAGUCUCACUAGUAAUAUUGAAACUGUGUUUUAAGAGUGGGGAUUUCAUAAAUAAAUCCACUUAUAAUUGCUAAAAUAUACACCACUAUAUAAAAUUAGAAGAAACCUCAUGAAAAUUGUUGGUAAAAAUAUUUAUUUUAAAUAUUCAAGCAAUCAUAAGUCUUAAUAUUACUGUACUUCUAAUCCUUCUCACUUUGAAAAUAUACAUGACAAAUUUUUGCUAAAAUAUACAUCACAUAUUGAACUGCCAAAAUACUUCACAUACAUAUUUAUGAAUUACCAUAUUGUUGAGCUUUUGUCUUCUAUUAUUCAAUUAAAACCAUUAUGUAUAAAAUGUAGAAAAGCAUACUGACUUGAAAGGAUUCUUUUAGCAUCAAUAUAUGCUUUUAAAUAGUUAUAUAAAUUUUACACAUAAUAAAUAUUUUAAAAAUAUGGUACUUAUGUACUACUUUUAUGUGAUAGCUUUUGAUGUCUUAGUGGUUAAAUUCUUUCAAAGAAAUUGCCUUCCCUUUCCAGUUUUUUAAAUAUUUGAAAAAGGGCCGCUUCAUAUUUUAUAUUUCUAUGCAGUCUCAUAAUGCUUGUAACUUGCCAGUUCUCAAAGAAUAAAUGCCAUAACAUAGUGGCUAGAAGGUAUUCUUUUUCAAGUCAUUCUUCCCUUUUAACUAACACUAGUCUGACACUCCAUAAAGUCUAUUAGGGAAAGGUAAAUUCUUUUACUUUCGUAUGAAUGGAAACAUUAAAAAAAUCCUCCCGUGCACUCUGCAAAUUCAAAAUAGUAAGUUAAUUUACUGCUUUCCAUUUAUUCAGUGCUUAUAAUUUUACUAAAUGGGAUGCUUCAAACAAGAGUAGGAAACCAUUCCAUUUUUAUGUAAAUUGCUUAUUUUCUACAGUCUCUAAAAUUCCUUGGAGAAAUCAAAACAUUUGCUUUCCCUUCUUUACAACCAUGACCACUUUGCAUUAAAGGCAAAAGUUGAACACAAUCUAAUAUAAACUACAAAAAUUAUCUGACCAAGCCUCAUUAUCAACCUCUUUAUACUGUGUAACAAAUACAAUAACCACAAAAGACAUGUCUAUUUACUGGGCUAAAAUUAUAACCCCUAAAUUUUAAAAUAAAUAUAUUUACUGAUAUGUUAACUUAGUUUUAAAAAGUAUUUUUCUGUAAAUCUCUUCACACAACUAAUGUUUAUUAAACACUACCACAUACACACUAGUGUCCUCUUUGAAACACUAAGGAUACGUGGUGAUCAAGGCAAGCAAUGUUGCUGCUUCACAGAACUGACUCUCUAGUAAUAAAAACACUCAAAGAAAUAGUAAUGUGUUGCACUGAUUAAAUUAAUGUUACAUAGCAUGACUGCAACUCUUUCAUAUUGGGAGUGAAGGGAAGUCUCUGAAGACACAGUAUUUAACCUGAUACCUUAAAAACAUGAAGAAAAUGGCCAUGGGAAAAUCUACAGUGAGAAUCUUCUGGACAGAAAUAGUAGUUAACGUAUAGUUAGUUUGAAGUGUUUGAGAGCAGACAGAAGAGUGGUAUAUAUUCAUGAGGCAAUGGAGGAGGCAAAAAGGAAUGGGGUAGGAUUAUAUGAUGCUUCUGGAAUAGUUAACAGGAUUAAGUGCUUUUAAGAAUUUAACAUUAGAGCAAAAAAAAAAAAAAUGACCAAUCUUGUAAGAGCAGUCUCUUUCAAAGCCUUAAAGUAGACAAUGUCUAUGAAACAGUGAAAUCAAAUCAUGACUGAAGUGGACUAACAAGAAAUGUGAGAAAGGAAAGCAAAGUCAGGAUAUAUAAACAAGUAUUUCAAGCUGUUCUGUUGAAAAAGGAGCAAGAUAAAUAGGACAGGAGCUGAAGAUGUGGAGUCGAGAGAAUUUUAAGGAGUUUUACUGUUAAUUUCUUCAUUUAGAAUAAAAAAUGCAAAAGAUAUUUAUAUAUUAACGAAAUGAUCUAGCAAAGGAAAAAUGAUUAUACAUAAGAGAAAUAAUUAGAGCAAAGGUCUAGAGAAGUAGAAGGGUUAAGCAUUAGAGCCUAUGGAGGGAGGGCAGUUUUUGAUGAGAGCCUGACUCCAGAGAGAGGAGACAGAGUGUAUAAUACGCAGAUAUAUUCAUUGUUAAAAAAAAAAAGAUGUUGUUAUGAGAGUAGUUUAAUUUCAUCAAGCAAAGUCAAUAAAGGAGUGGAAAGGAAGUAUGUGUUAGAAGAAAGAUACAUAAGCAGUUGGAAUAUAUACACAUAUAUGUGUAUAUAUAUACAUACAUAUAAUAUAUAAUGGAUACUCGUGUGAUACAAUAGGAAAAAAACUUUAUUUCAAAGGCAACUUUUUAUUAAAUAUUUUUGAGGCCUCUUACUUGAAGAUCUGAAAUUUUGUUGUCCAAGGACUUUGACAAAAGUCCUCUUUUCCAUAAGAUAGAAACUAAAUAAGGUCCUCUCAAUGUCAGAUUUUUCUUAUAUUUUAUCAUUUAUUUAUCUUCAUUAGAAUGACAGAAACAUUUUGUAGCUAUUCUAAUUCAAACCCUAUAAAUAAUAAAUUAGUUUAAUCCUGAGAUAUGUAUAUUCAACCUGUCUCAAAUAUUAUUUCAGAGAGUAAUGAGCUCCCAUCUGAAUGUUUUAAAAAGACAAACAUGCACUAAUCUUUUAAUAAAACUUUGGGGUUUUUUGUACGAAAAAUGUCAAAACUUUCUGUCGUUUAUCAUUUAGGAGAAACACAUGGGCAAGAUGACUGUUUUGUUCAUAGUGCCCUUCUCUACACUAAUAGGAAGAAUGUGAUCCUAUAAUAGUGCUUGCUGAGUUAUUUCUGGAUAUACCGUAUGUAAUUCACUAUGCAGGAACUUAAAUAUACAUAUUUAUUCUUUGGACUUGAUGUGAAAUUAUAUUGUGAAUUAUGGAAUAAGUUUGUUCUUCAUUAUUUUGCACUUCUAUCAUAGCCAAAAACAUAAAGAUAUAUGUGUGUAUAUAUAUAUAUAUAUAUAUAUAUAUAUGUGUGUGUGUGUGUGUGUACUUAAUGAAACACUUUAUAUAUUUAAAUGGUCAUAUCAAAUUUUAAAUGGCCAUUUGAAAUUUUAGAUAAUUUCAACAGUUGCAGUGUACACAAAAUAAGGUAUAAAAAGUUUAAUUUAAUACUAAAUUGCAUAUUUCUAUAAAAUGUCUGGGUAAGAUUUGUCUAGGUUGAGAAAUUUAAUCCCUCAGAGCUAUAUUUAAUUAAUAAAAACCGCAGCUGAAAAUGUUUUUCCUUUCUACACUUUUUUAAACUAUGUCUUUAUAACUUGACAUGAACCCAUUUAUCAUUAGUUAAGGAUCUGGCAGUAUAUUCAUCUACUCUUACAAAAGAGAAGGGGGGAAUAUCUGUGAGAAGAAAGAAGUGCAGCCCUACACUUUUUUUUCAGUGAUAUCACCAUUUAGAGCUUCAAUAUACACUUUCCACUUAGAUUCCUUACAUAGCCUGUGUUAUUUUUCCUGGUUAUCACAAUAUGGUACAGAGAUUAACACAAAAAGGAUGUUCAUUGAACUGUAAUCCUACUUAUUACCUACUUUACUGUUAGCAGUGAAGUAGUCCAGAUUUAUUUAAAAGUAGUACCAUUUUAUCUUAUAAAAUAUCUACUAUAAUAUGUAAAUUUCCAUGUAAAUUUUCACGUGCUGGCAUGCUUACAACUUAAUAAUGUUACAGAAUGCUCAGCUCUCAGUAUGAGAGAUUGUGGUGAAUUGCAUUACAUAUGUCAUCUAAUUGCUGAAAGAAUAUGGUGUUUAGCAAAACUACCUGCUGAGCAACAUAAUAAGAUUUUUGUACAAAGUACAAAUUACUAAUUAUUGUAUUUUAUUUUUCUAUUAUUUCCUAAGAGGCAUUAUCAGGGUCUUACAGAUGUAGUAAGCCUGUUUAUUAAAAUAUCUAUUAGUAAAUAAAAGUUACAGUUCUGGUGGUUGAA